AUGGAGGAAAGAACUAGAAGGGCUCCAUUGUAUAGUCAGGACCCAGCCCCUACUCCUACUGCUGGCCAGGGCUUCAACUUUUAUCACAUGGAUCUCUAUGACUCUGAAGACAGAUUGAAAAUCUUUCCAGAAGAAAAAAUUCGAAUGAGAGGAGAAAUAGCAAAAGAACCGAAGAGAGGUGAGAGGGCCCCAGAGUUAGGUUUGGCCACCUAUGAUGUCCAAAAGGAAGUAGAAGAACUAGCACAGUACUAUGGCCUUGAAGAUGAUAAAGACCUGGAGGGUGAUAUUGAGGUAGGGAGUGUGCUUCGGUCUGGGAUUUCAGAAUACCAGUCAGCUCCUUCUUCUCUCAGACCCUACACAGUGCCAAAGAAGAGAGACCUAGGAAGAGAAGAGAAAGAUUGGCAGUAUCUAGGGGAAGAAGCAGAUGAGGAGGAUGACAGAUUUCCUGCGUGGGGCUCUCGAGGUCAAUACCAAGAAUUAAGGGAAGCCUACAGGUAUGCUCGGGGUCGUUCCAGUGAGGAAUAUGAGUGCUAUGUCAUACCAGAAGAAGAAGACGAAGAAGAAGCUGCUGACAUUUUCUGUGUCACCUGCAAAAUUCCAAUCAGAGCUUUUGACAAUCUUUUUGGUGAGCACAAGGGACAUGAGGUGACCCAGCUUAACACUGCAGCAGAAAAUGCCCGGGAAGAAAUUCAUAAAAACAUGUUCAAAUUGGAAGAACAGAUUAUUCAAAUGGAAAAUUUUGCAAGUCAUUUGGAGGAAGUUUUCAUUACUAUAGAGGAGAAUUUUGGAAGACAGGAGCAGAACUUUGAGUUGCAUUAUAAUGAGAUCUUGGAAACUCUAGCUCAGAAAUAUGAAGAAAAAAUGCAAGCUUUAGGGGAAAAGAAGAGAGAGAAAAUAGAAGCAUUAUAUGGACAACUGGUCAGUUGUGGUGAAAACCUUGACACUUGUAAGGAACUUAUGGAAACAAUUGAGGAGAUCUGCCAUGAGGAGAAGGUUGAAUUCAUAAAGGAUGCAGUAACUAUGGCUGACAGACUUGGAGAAUUCCUGAAAACCAAAACAGAUGUUGAGCUUUCCACACAUCCAGAUUUUGAAGACCAAACCAUCGAUUUCUCUGACAUUGAGCAGCUGAUGGAUUCUAUUAAUGCCAUUCCAGCUCCUCAUGCUCCAGUGAUCAAUACACAAACACCUAACUCAGCUACUGGGACGUCAGUCAAGGUGUGCUGGAGUCUAUUCUCUGACGACACUGUAGAAAGCUACCAGCUAUCUUAUAAACCUGUCAGUGAUGGUGCACAAAGUGAGGAGCGGAAAGAGUUUUCAGUGAAUGUCAAAGAAUCACAUUACUCUGUGGCCAACCUCGUGCCUAAUACCCAAUAUGAAUUUUGGGUCACAGCUUCGAAUAGCACUGGCGUCAGCCCACUAAGCGAGCGAGCGGUGUAUGUGACAGCUCCUUCACCUCCCAUUAUCAAAAGCAAAGAGAUCCUAAGCUGUGAACAUGCUGCCUUGGUGCGCUGGGAAUCUGGAAACAUGAAUCCUGUGGACUCAUACACUAUUGAACUGUCUAAAGUAGACGAUGAAGAACCGAGGAAUGUUGUUACAGAAUCUAUAGUAGGAAUUCCUACCUGUGAAUCUCUAAUUCAUCUGCAACCUGGAGAAAGCUACCUAGUCUAUGUGAGAGCCAUCAAUGUGGGGGGCCCUAGUGAAAGAAGUGAGCCUGCUACUAUCCGCACUACAGGUACCUACUUCCACCUUAAUAAGGAUACCAGCCAUCCUUUGCUGUCCAUUUCAGAAGACGGGUUUACAAUUGUGCGUGGUAAAGGAGAAAGCUCAACAAGGGAGACCCGUGAUAGUGACACCAGGUUUUCUAGAUGUGUUGCUGUUAUGGGAAGCCUGAUACCUAUUAAAGGAUGGCAUUACUGGGAGGUGGAGGUGGUUGAACAGAUGGACUACAAAGUUGGUGUAGCAUCUGAAGAUAUCAACAGACAAGGGGACCUUGGGGCAGACAGCUCUUCCUGGUGCAUGAGUCACACUUUUAUAUCAUCAAGGCAUAAAUAUGAAUUUCUGCACAACGGGGUUACUCCAGAGAUCCAGAUUACAGUUCCCCCAAAGAAGAUUGGAAUCCUACUUGACUAUGACAGCCAUAGGUUAUCUUUUUUUAACGUGGAUAUUGCACAGCAUCUUUAUACAUUUAGCUCUCCGCUUCAACAUUUUGUGCAACCCUGUUUUUCUUUAGAAAAGCCUGGAUUGUUAAGAGUUUGUAAUGGAAUUUCAAUGCCAAAGUUUGCCACAGUCUUCUAG